CUCAGGCUCCAUCUCCUUGAUGAAGCCCGGAGGAGGCGGAGGAGAGCGCAGAGAGGAGCAACAGAAGCUUGCGGGAAUGAGAGGCGUUCGAGCUCCAUCACCAUCACCACCACCACCAUCAUCAUCAUCAUCGUACCCAUCAUGCCUCAGACCGCCAACACCACCACCAGGCGUCCACUUCACUCCGCGACCGCUCCCAUGAAUGAAUGAGCCGAUGAGCGGAAGAAGAGGCCGGAGACCAGCGCAGCCUCGGCCGGCGAUGACAACGUUGAGGCGGACGACGACCACUGAGUGAAGCCGCUUCAAGAUGGUCCGCGUGGCCCGGGCCCUGGGUCUCAUCAUCCUGUGCGUGGCGGUGCUCAUCCUGUCCCUCAUCAGCUAUGUGUCCCUGCGCAAGGACAGCCUCUUCGGCUCGUCCAAGUACAUGGGAGGCCCCAGGAUCAUGUUCCACGCAGGCUUCCGAUCUCAGUUCGCCAUGAAUUUUCUGGACCCCUCGUUCAUCCCGCUCACUACGGCCCUCAACGAGGAGCUCCAGGGAAAGCCAUCCAAAUGGAAAUUCAACAAGACUGCCUUUUUCCAGCAGAGGAAAGAUAUCUUCAACUUCAUUGACAUUCCCAAGAACUUCUCGCUGACCAAGAGCAGCGUGCGGGUGGGCCAGCUGAUGCACUUUGACUACUCCAGCCACAAGUACGUCUUCUCCAUCAGCAACAACUUCAAGUCCCUGCUGCCCGACGCCUCGCCUAUCCUCAACAAGCACUACGGCACAUGCGCCGUGGUUGGCAACAGCGGCAUCCUGACGGGCAGCCACUGCGGCUCUGAGAUCGACCAGGCUGACUUUGUGUUCCGCUGCAACUUCGCCCCCACCGAGGUCUACGCCAAGGACGUGGGCAGGAAGACCAACCUGACCACCUUCAACCCCAGCAUCCUGGAGCGAUACUACAAUAACCUGCUGACCAUACAGGACAGGAACAACUUCUUCCUGCACCUGAAGAAGCUGGAGGGGGCCAUCCUGUGGAUCCCGGCCUUCUUCCUGCAUACCUCGGCCACGGUGACCCGGACGCUGGUGGACUUUUUCGUGGAGCACAAGGGUCAGCUGAAGGUGGAGCUGGCCUGGCCCGGAAACAUCAUGCACGAUGUCAACAAGUACUGGAAGACAAAGAACCUUUCUCCCAAACGUCUGAGCACGGGCAUCCUCAUGUACACGCUGGCGUCAGCCAUGUGCGACGAGAUCCACCUGUACGGCUUCUGGCCCUUCGGCUGGGACCCCAACACGGGCAAGGACCUGCCCUACCACUACUACGACAAGAAAGGGACCAAGUUCACCACCAAGUGGCAGGAGACCCACCAGCUUCCCAGCGAGUUCAAGCUGCUCUACAGGCUGCACCGCGACGGCGUCACCAAACUCAGCCUGACGCACUGCACGUAGACGUGAGCCCGCGAUGCAUGACGCGCGUUGAGGUUCACCACACUCACAUUCCACACAACGGAAUUUCACACCACUUGGUUGUGAACGGCCCACGUCACUCCGCAUUGUUAAGCCUCCAUUACUCUCCUUCGCAUGGCUGCCGGCUUGGGCAAAUGAAAAACACAAACAAUGGAACCUCUCAAGUGGAACAACAUUUAAUACAAUUUUUUUCCAUUAAGACUACUGGAAACAGAAUUACAAACCUGUAUUUACUGUGAUAGUUACUGAUCAAAUUUAAUGUUUAAAGUGUAAAAAUAAUACAAAUUAACCAUUUUUGUUGUGUACCAUUAGGAUGGCCUAUGACAGACCCACACAAAUGGCAUCAUUCAUUCAAUGUUUCACGAUGCCACAACUAAGUGCAGUUUCCCGAAACCAGGCGUGCUGGCGGCAGGAAUGUACCAAGAGGCGGUAGCCAGACGGACAGGAGUCGCUCCCAGUACCAUGAGCCGCCACUGGGGUGACACAUUACUGACCGCGACCGGGCCAACCACAUGUAACACUUACACAGGAUGGCUAUAUCCGGACCACAACGGUUCGCAGAAGACUCCAGGAGCAUGGUACACAACCGUAGCGUGCACACGUACAGCACGUGUACUUUACGAUGAGGCAAUGGAAACUUUGCACUCAAAACACACAAACUACAAAUAAAAAAAAAUGGCCCGAGAAAACUGCCAUAUCAAAAAAUUACUUCAGAGUAAAUACCGUAUUUUCCGGACUAUUAGUCGCACUUUUUUUAAUAGGUUGGCUGUUCCUGCGACUUAUACUCCAGAGCGACUUAUAAAUGAAAAAACUGUUUAUAUUCCAUAAACACUGGACACCUUUUCUGUUCAUGUUUAUUUUUGGUGUAGCUGAAUAAGCAUUGUGUUAGCAUAUCUUACACCUAUUCAGCCUGUUCUCUAUUCUUUUAUUGUUAGAACUUGCCUUCCAAGAGGACAUAAUGUCUGUUUUGGUCAAGUAGUUUGGAAAAUAAAUUACCUGCAAAAAAUGCCACUUAUACUCCAGUGCGACUUAUGGAUGUUUUUUUCUACCUAAUGAUGCAUUUUUGGCCUUGUGCGACUUAUACUUUGGAGCGACUUAUAGUCCAGAAAAUACGGUAAUGCACGUCCAACACUGUACUCCAACUGAACUGAAAAUUUAACUCAAGAUAAACGAUGUCAUGAGGGGUCAGAUAGCACUUUUUAACCUGAUUGACAGCCAUACAAGUGUAAAAAUAAGUUAACCCCUGAUUAACUUAAAUAAAUAAGUUAACCUGAUUAACCCCUGAAACGUAAAAACAAUCUUUUUCUCCCAACAUAGUGACAUAUUACCGCUCGGAAGGUUCUCAUAGAGCUGAGAUGGUCUGCGGUUCCACUUUAGAGGUUCCCAAAGUCUGGUGUUGACUGAAAUCACUGCCUAAUCUCAGGGAAGGGAGUUAGUUCAGUGUUUUUUGGGAUUCCCCGCGUUCCCUCUCGGCCCCACGACACAAGUUGUCAGACAAUCUGCACUACUCUUUGAUAUUUGUUUACAAGACUUUACACGCGCGUUUGUCAAGCGUAACACCUCCAAAGCUUUGUGGAAACCCGGCAAAAUGUUUUGGGAUAAAUGAAGCAACAUUCCAAUGAUAAGCCAUAAAUUGACAGAGAAAAGCAUAUAUAGAGAUAUCUUGUAUUAUCGAGGAAAAAAAGGGGUGGUCUCGGACUACUUGUAGUUUAUAAAAUAUCCUCAAGAAGUCUUUAGCCACGCUAGCUCAGGACUUUAAAGAUGACAGUAUUGACAAUUUCAGCAAAAGCAACAGCAUGGGCAGAAAAUAAUGACGUCACAGCAUCACCAGAAGAGGAAAACCAUUCCUAAGCGUCCAGUCGGAUGACUCUGAUGUCAUUCAUGUACACUUCACAGCCACUAGGGGGCAUAUUUUCAUGGUUUCUGUAACCCUUACAACUUUAUUUACUUAUCUUUCCGACUUAAUUCCCGUAACUUGAUGGCUUUUUUGGUUGAACCUCUACAAGUUUACUCUUGUAACAACUUUAUUCUUGCAACAUUAUGGCCUUUUCAUCCUAACUUUUCCUUUCCCUUCUUUUUCCGAAUUUUCGACUUCCCGUAACACUACAACUUAAGUCACUUUAAGUCACUUUAAUUUUCUGACUAUUCUCGCAAUGUUGACUUUACUGUUGCAACUCUAUGACUUUUAUUCUUGUAACAAUGCUUUCUUAUUUUUUCAACUGUCCGACUUCAGUCUCGUAACUUUAUGAUUUUAUUGUUGCAACAUGUUUCUUGUAAAAUUACAACUUUAUCGCCUACUUUCUUAGUCUCUUAACAUUUAACAUCAACUUUAUUCUCGCAACAUAAUUAUUUUUUCGUAAAAUUACAACUUUAUUGUUGCAAUACUACGAUUCGUUCUUGUAAACAUCCAAUUUUAUUUUCCAAUUUUCCAACUUUGUUGCAACUUUUUGCUAGGACUUUAGUCUCGUAACUUUAUGAUUUUAUUGUUGCAACAUGUUUCUUGUAAAAUUACAACUUUAUCGCCUACUUUUUUGGUCUAAUUUUUUUCCCCUCUAUUAACUUUGUUGCCACUUUUUGCUAGGACUUUUUCCCUAAGAUUAAGUAAAUUAAAUUAAAUUAAGAUUUUAUUCUAUAAUACAGUUAUAUUUUCAUCCCUUUCCGACUUCAUUUCCAAAAAUUUGACCAUUUUGUUGAAAGUCAACGUUUAUUUUCUAAACAACCUUAUUUCCCACUUCAUUCUCGUAAUAAAGUCGUACAAUUACGACUUCAUUCUUCUAUCUUAUUUUAUUAAUGUCCGACUUUAUUCUGACAACUCUUUCUUUGUAAAAUUGUGAUUUUAUUCUUUAAUCCGGCUUCCUUAUUUUCUCAACAACGUUCCGUAACUUUGACUUUCUUUGUUGAAACUCGAUGUAGUGCGACAACCUGAUUUUCUUAACCUUCCUGCUUUGUUCUUGUCGUUUUGAUUUUUUUUUUGCAACUCUAUGACUUUCUUCUUGUGAAGUUAUGACUAUAUUCUUGUAACACGACUUGAUUUUUUCAGCUUUCCAACUCUAGUCUCGUAACUUUUUGGAUAAUUUAGCAGGUUUAGCUAGCGUGGCUACAAAAAUUGAGCAACAUUUUGAAUAUACUUCCAACUUAACCGCAGUUUGAGUUUUAAUCACAGCACUCUUUAAAUAUGUAUCUAUAUAUAUAUAUAUAUAUAUAUAUAUAUAUAUAUAUAUAUAUAUAUAUAGUAUAUAAACAUGAACACAACAUAGGCAAAUAUUUUGUUAUUUGAAAUUAGCGACAGUGAAAAAAAAGCAUCUUGUUCUAAGAGCAUGACCAUUAAAACCACUAAAAAGACAACAUAGCAUGUGAGAGGCACUAACAUAUCUUUUAUAGAAAAUCUUUUAUGAUGGGGGGGGGGUUACCUUUUGUUCCUGAAUAUGUGGAUGCCAUCUUCCUUCCUUACCAGUGACUUUCUAUUGGGGUGAAUAAGACCCUGGUACAUUUCAAAGGGGACCAAACGUCACGCAGAUGCGCUUUUUGUUGUUGUUGUGCGCCGCUAAUAUGGCUAAUGGCUUUGUCAUGAAAAAGGAUGACCACCCAGCCGGUCAUCACGGGUGGAAUGAAGCAGAAAGGACUGGAGUGUGGAAGCUGAAGGCGCAUGAGCACCUCAUGACUUCACGCAACAUGUGACCGGAUGGCAUUUGAGAUGCUUUGGAAGUUUUGGAUGCUUUUGGGGACUUUUUUUUCCCUCCCCACUCAAACAAAAACACUUUUUGUCGGUCUUCUCAGGCAAGAUUCAUUCAUUGACUAUGGUCUGUAAACAAAAAAAAAAAAUCACUAUUGACUUUUAGUUGAUAUCAUGAGAUGCCGAGUGACAAUGUAGUCACCACUUUAGGAAUGUACGCCACAGAAUGACCAUUUCAUGCCAGAACCACCAACUUGAAAUGUCCUUUGGCACAAUCAAGGCUGUAAUGACCUCCGCCAAACCCAAAAACGGUGUUGCUUUAACGUUCGCGGCUAGCGCAAUCAUUUUCCGUGAGGCUGUACGUGGCCAUUUUAUAUUUCAGUAUGGUAUUUCCUCAAAUAGCGCGAAUGAACAAAACAAAGGACAAACAAAACACACACAUCGGUAUGGUCUCAAGGCCGUCACAGCGCGUCUAGCUCCACCUGACCUGACCUGAACUCUGAACUAGACGUCAAAUAAAAGCCCAGUUAAGUGAAAUUACAACUUUCAUUUUUGUAACUUUCUGUCUUUUUACAUGAAAAAACUCGGACUUUAUUCUCUCGUUUUUUUUUUUAAUAAUUACAUUAUUCUCAUUAUACGACUACACCUUAAAAAAAAAAGACAAAUUUUCCAACUUUUUUUAUUAUUUAUUAUUAUUUAUAUAAUAAUAAUAUAAUAAUAUUAUUUAUAUAAUUUAUUAUUAUUCAUUAUGGUAACACUAGGACUGAUUUCUCCUUUCAAAACAAUAUUGUAUGACUUCAUCACAGAAUAUUACACAAUCAAUUUUAAAAAUGCACUUUCUUCUGGUACCGAUUCUACUUUAUUCUUGCAACAUUAUGACUUUAUGACACCUUUAUUGUUUUUUAUUUAUUUCUUUAACACUUUCAUUUUGUAACUUUAUGACUCUUUUCAUACUUUUUUAAAAAUAAUGGAUAAUAAUGAGUAUUAGGGCCACAUAAAAAAACCCAAAAGAUUUUCAUAAAUAGUCAUUCACAUAAUACUACAAAAAAAUACUAUAUUUUGGUAACAUUACAACAUUAUUCUUGAAUAUUUACAACUUUUUUCAGCCAAAUAUAAGCUUUAUCCUUGUAAGUCUAUGACUUUUUAAAAAAAUCUUUAUUCUCUUUUCAAAACAAUAUCGUAUGAAUUUAACACACAAUAUUACAUCUUUAAAAAAUAAAACAUUAUUUUAACCAUAACCAUUUUCUUAACACUUGAUUUGUGUAAAUCUACAACUUUACAAAUGGUGAUAUUACAACUUUAUUGUAAAACUACCAUGGUUUUAUCCUAAAAUGUAGGACUUCUAACUUAAAUGACUCUUUUGUCCAAAAAAGUUACAUAUUUCUACUAAUAGACCUUUUUUCACCACUAUAGUAGUAUUCAUUUAAUACCAUGUAAGUUUAAAAAAAUCAUCAGUUUUAUUUUUUGUAGCAUUACAACUCUAUUUUUACAACUUUCACCUUCACCAAGCCCAGCACAUGAAAAACCUCCCUCUGAACGAGUAUUUUCACUUUUUGGGGGGUUACAGUCCGCUUGCACCGAGACCAAUCGGUGCAGUUACAAACCAGGUCCAACAGAGGGAGCUGCGUCAGCAUGUUUGGCCUUGGCGGAAGCACAUUUCUUCAUUUUUCUGAAUGUUUGUAGCAGAUAUUGCCGCUAAUAGAUUGUAGUCCUGACGAAAAUGAGCGUACAGUAGGUUGCUUUGGUAAGUGAGAAUUAAGCAAAUGAAAGUAAAGCAAAAAAAAAAGUUAAGACAUGUUGACGUUUUGUUGAGUAGAUUUACAUCAAAGCAGCCUCUAUGUACAAAUGUAUUUCUGCAUUCUCCACCCGUCUGUACAUAAGUUACACAUAGAAAUAACUUUAUUGACAACACCGUGCUUCCACAAGUUGCCAUUCUUGUACUUUGCCUGGUCUGCAUGGCGAAUCUGUUACAUAAUACUAAAUGCUGUUAACGUGGCUGCUAAUGUGCGUGUACACAUGUCAUAAUAUAAAAAGUCAGAAAUGUCUGGGUUGUUUUGACAAAAAAAAGUAUCUGUAUAUUAACUUCCAUGACUUUUGAAUUAUACUCUAUGAUAAAUAUGUGCCUGCAUAUUCAUUUGAUGUCGAAUAAAAACGGCAUUUUUUCCUUCUAA